GAUACAGUUUUAUGCUCCCAAAACUAGAAUAUGUUAUGAACAGAGUGGACUAAGUUUUGUAGACUUGACCCUUUGCUAAAACCGCGCUGUUUAGGAGUGCAAAUGCGAAUUGAGUUGUUAAACACGCGCACUUCCCUAGCGGAAAUAUUUUCAUGUCUACUAGAACGCGCCAAUAGGAUCUCGCCAGCGCGUGCUUGGCUCUACCCGCCUCCUUGCUUGUUCUGCCCACUAUGAUUAAUUUGUUCCCGUUGGAGACGACAAGCUGUCGUCUAUCUGGGUUUAGUUAUAAAAAUCGUUGACAUAGCGUCAGCCAUCCCAAUUGACUUCUUAAAAUAAACCAAAAUAAAAAACAUAGGGAUCAGUCCAGUGAGUCCAUUGAUAAUGAAACCGAUCACUGAGUGGCUGAAGUUAUAGUUGCUCGUGCGCACUGCUUUGGUGAGGGAGACGGAGGUCAUAUGAGAGUAGUUGGGGGGACAGAUUUCUAGCGGCAUUGGGGCUUUGAGGGAGAAUGCUGCGCAGGACCGUCUCCUUCCCCAUUGAGGCGGGGCGGCUGCAGCAGCUGGGUCUAUUGGACUAUGCCUCCCACGGUGUGACAUCAUCUUCGGUGCUCGACCUCCCGUCUCUCCACCGAGGUCACCAGGGUUCACGACAACGGGAGGAUGAGUGGCAGGGCCGGUACCAGGGGCCUGCCGAGGCUGGCCAAUGGGAGGAUGAGCGGCAGGGCCGGUACCGUGGGCCUGCCGAGGCUGGCCAAUGGGAGGAUGACGGUGGGUUAGUGGUCGCACCCUCUUCUAAUGGUAGCACCAGGGGACCCAGAUGGAGGGAUAUGUAUGCCAGCUCAGACCAGCUAAGGUCAGACUCAGUGGAAGAUGAUGGCUAUGAUUAUGAAGAGGGGAAGCAUAAUGAUGAGUCUGUCAGGCUGUACGUGUCAGAGGAGGAGAGGAUCCUCAACUCUGCAGACCUGAGUUCAGAGGAGAGGCGUGAUGUUCUAGCAGAGUUGGUGUAUUCCCGAAGCAGACUGAAGCAAUUGAACUCAGAGCUGCAGAGAACAGUAGAGGUAGCCGAUGACAACAACACACUGCUACGCACCGAGAACACUGCCCUGCUCAACCAAGUCAAAGGGAUGAAGCAGUCGAUCCAUGAUGCAGAGCAGCUGAUGGAUGAGCUGGAGGAGAUCCGGAGCCUAUUGGUUGAGAAAGACGAAGCUACGGGCAACCUGGAGGCCUACAUCAAACAACUGGAGAAAGAGAAGGAGAUUUUGGAGGACCAGAUCGAAAGCAUCGGCAGUGAGAUGUCCCGUAUUAUACCAGACAGAGACACUGACAAGAAGAAGAUCGUUAACCUCAGCCAGGCUCUACAAGCCUUACAGCUUCGGCUCGAGGAGAGCAGACUCGCUUUGGAUCACAGGGAUGAGGUCCUACGUAAGAAGGACUUUGUAGUUGAGCAGCUGGAGCAGUCCCUUACAGAGUACUCCUCCAUUGCACAGGAUCUGAAGGAGAAGAUGAAGGAUCUGCAGAGCCAACUGGCAGAGGCCCUAGUUAAUGGAAGAGAGGGGGGUUACAUGGCAUUAGAUGGAACUCUGUCUACAGCCACUCAGCGCUCCAUCUCUUUAGCAGAGGAACUGGGUCUACUGCCAUGCAUGAUGGAGGACUUCUCUGAUGAGGUGCAGAGGGAGGAGAAGAUAGAGGAGGAGCAGAGAGUGGAGGAGAGGGUAGAAAGAGAGGCGGAUGAGAAGAAAGAGGAGGAGGUGGUUAAGGAGGGGAAACAGAUGCUAGAGGAGAAGAGUGGUGUGUGGUCAGAUAUGGUGAGAGGUGUCCGAGCAGCAGGAGGUUUCACCCUGGGUUUCCUGGUUCCUCUGGGUGUCCUGGUCUCCAUGGUCCCCGGCUGCUACGACCACUGUACAGGACUCGGCUUCACCAACACUUUCUGGUCUACAGCCAGAUACCUCAUACAGCCAUACUGCAAUGUGCACCACAUUGGCCUCCCCCCGCUGUAAUACACACCAGAGGGAGCUGGUGGGGGGAGCUAUAGGAGGCUUAUUGUAAUGGCUGGAAUGGAAUUAUUAUCUACUUACCAACCUACACGCAUACCUACCUACAUAACUACCAACAUACACGCACACACACUUAAACAUGAAUACGCACACACACACACACACAAUAAUAUAACUCAAACCCUGAUCUUCAACCCUUCCAGGCUGCUAUGCUGCUGUCAACUAAAUAAACUGGAAUACAGCAUCAUACAUGGACAACUAGUUGUAUUUUAAAUGGAAAAGGUAGAGAAGAUUUUACAAUGUGUAUUUAUUUAUUUGUUUUAAAUGACAUUUUAAUGGUUGGACUCAAUGUUGUUAAUGUUUUGUUAUUUUUUGUCUAAUUUCUGUAUAGUGUUCUGUACAGUACAGAAAUUCACUGCCACGUCAUGGUCUACUCUGUCAUUUAAUUAUUUUAUUCAUAACAUUCUUGUUUUCCCUGGUUUGAAUUGAAAAUAUUAUUUAAAUUUAAAUAAAGAGACUUGUACAGUAA